AUGGCCUUAAAGCUUAAAGUAGGCACUGCCUAUCUUGCCUAUCUCAAGGAGCCACAACAGCUGAUGGGUUUGAAGUCUGGUUCUAAAUCUGGUAAAGGAGUUAAACAUGGUGCAUCAAAAUUGGGACAGAGUAAAAAGACUCCCCCAAAUGCCAGCAAACCAGCAGAUUCAGAUGAUGAACCAGAUAUCGAUACUUCAGUAAUGCGUCCUUCUAUAGAAAUUAGUGUUUCUACUGUUCCACAACUGGUUCGAGCAUAUCAAGCAGCAACUGAAGAGCUGAAGUCUAUUUUAGCUAGGGAAUGUGACAUCAUUUAUGAAUGCCGUGUGUGCAGAAAUUUAUUUCGUAGUCUUGCAAAUAUGAUGGCUCAUAAACGGAUAUAUUGCAAAACUACUUAUUCUUAUACAAAACAUACAUUAAACAGAAAUCAUAUGGUGGAAGACUACACAGUGUUAAUUCAACCUGAGCCAGUUCCGUCCAACUCUCAAGAUAAACAAAAUUGGACAACAAGUGAUAAAGUUCCUGACUGUUCUAAAGAAGAUGAAAAUGCAAUACCUCAGAUUGUCACCACCACUUCUCGUAUUUCAUCAUUUACAAAUUCUAAGAAAGGUUUACGUGAAAUUGUUGAUAGGUUGGCUCAAAAUUCAUGUAAAAGUAAUAAUAAUGAGACAAAAACUUCUUCUGCUACAAAACUUUAUGACAAUGUACAUGCUAAUGUGUUGGCACGUAAAAAUGAUCGUAUUGAACACAGUUUCCAUCUUGAAGAAAUCGAAACUACAAAGGUUGGAGUGUUUCAAACAAAAUUGGCAUCAGCAGUUGGUGCAGAAAAGGAUGAUUUAAUGAAAGCACAGGUUUCCGAACUUCAGCAUAUGGCAUCCCAAAACGAAGCGACAUUGGGUCCAGAUGGUCGAAUGUUAAUGGUUAACAGACAUUCUCCGAUAUCUGUUCAGAAAGGUGUACCUGGAAAGGCAUCAGAGUCUGGUGUUGAAGCAAAUGAACAUAAAGUCACCAAAGAAGAACAUGUUUGCCCCGAUUGUAAUGUGAAAUUUUCUACACGGAAAACCUUAAAUCAUCAUAUGAAAUCUUUGCACGUGACAUUUAGACUUUGCUAUCCAUGUCCCUGUUGCAAAAGUACUUUUGUGAAUCCAUGGAGUGUAUAUCGACAUCUAUAUAAAGUUCAUCGGAAAACUGCAGAUCAGGUGAGGAGACUACGUCCUCAAAUACAGAAGAAAGCUUUCAAAAAAGAAAUUCGUAAUGAAGUACCUGUACCAAAAAGUAAUCCCAAAAGUGAUGCUCUGAAAGAAUUGCAAAGACUUGAUCAAGAAAAUCAGGCAUGGAUGGAUAACUUUGAAGAUGACCUGGAACUCCAAAGAUGUGGUGGUUGUGGUAGAAGAUUUGAAAGACGUGCUGCGUUAAAUUCUCAUUCUCAAAUCUGUCAGAAACGCAUUGCUGCCAGAAACAAUGUUAAAGCAACACGUAAUUUACAAAGCACAUCUAGUCCAGAGAAAGUAAUAAAAGUAUCUCAGACAGAUGAACGAAGGCUUCCAACAGAAGCAAAUAAAAAUACUAAUAACGAAAACAAGAGUAUAGUUUCUGUAAAUACUAUAUUAAACCCCUUAGGAUCAACUAGAACACCUCAGGGAGGCAACUGGGUAGAUCAGCCGAAGAAGGAAAUUCCAGAAAAGAAAAUUGAAAUACAAAUUAGAAAAGAUUAUUGCAAAAUGAGUAGUGCUAGUUCUGUAGUAGCACUUUCAAAUGAUACUCAAAGUGAGCCAGAUAGUAGACCUCCCUCUAGAAUGGUAGAUGAUGAGGACUGUUCUGUGGAUGAAAGAGAUUGGGACUCCAUGAUAGAAAUGGAAGAAGUGAGUAAAGAAGAAAGUGAAUCUGAAUAUCAUCUUUUCAGAGAUGCUGAGGGCCCAGAUUUACUUAUGAAUGAUGAUGGUAAAGAAGAUGAAGACACUGUUGGUACAAAUUCACCUGUAGAGCAUAGUGCAACAGAUUUGGAAUUAAAUUCAUCAGUAAAAGACAAUGUGAUAGAUAGGUAUGAUGUUAGAAAAGAUAAUUUUUGUAUGUAUGGGAGGGCAGAAAAUGUCCUCAAAAGAAGGGUAUCAGAUGAUGGUACGUGCCUACAGAAAAAUGAAGACAAAGAAAGAAUUAAAAGAAGAAGAAAAUCAUUAGAAGAUGAAAAUUACAAUGAUGUAGAAGAUACAACUAAAAGCAUACCUUCUAAAACUAAAAAAUUGGAACAGUUUCAUCCUGUCAUGGAAGCUCGCAUGAAAAAACUCAUUAAUAUACGACGAUUGCAGUGCCUACCAUGCCAAAAGAAGUUCAUUAAACUUACAAACUUACGUAGACAUGUGGCUGUGCAUAUUGGCUGGUGUCGUUAUAAGUGUAUGCUCUGUCCUUUCAAGUGUUUUUCAAAAUAUGAUUGUGUAGACCAUGUGUGUAAAAUUCAUUUAAAGGGUUCGCAGCGAAGUAAAGCUGCCACGAUGGUGGAAUAUAUUGAAGAACAGGAAACAGAAGCUACAGUAGGUUCAGUAGAGAUAGAAGAAUCAAAUGAUUGUUGUGAUAUUGUUAGUAAUGAGGAAGAAGCGUCAGAGUCUUUAUCUGUGGAAAUAAAAUCUCUCAAUUUGGAAGACAUUAAAAAUAUUGUUGGUGUAACGUGUUUCUCUGAUGAUGUGAACAAAACUGACUAUUCCAGUUUGGCCCUAGAGGUUAAAACCAGUUCACCUUCACCAGAGCAUUCGUCAGAAAACAAUACCUUGCUUAUUUCAGAGGGGAAAAAAGAUGUUUUGGGAAGUUCAAAUGUUCAAACUGUAGAUGCUAUUGAAGAAUUUCAUGAUAUUAUUUUAAAAGAAGAAAGUACGAAAUCCAAUGAAAAUAAAUUUGACUCAUCUGCACGUUCAGAGGUAAUUGAAGAUGAAUUACUAAAAGACAAUAUAUUGCCUGGCGAAACAACGAAUGUAAGUGAUGAUCUUAGCAAGACAGAGCAAAUCGGAUAUUCAGAAAGUGUAUGCAUUGAUGUUGAAGAGAGAGAACAAUCAAAAGAUGAUAGUGAAUUGAGAUUGGAGCCAUGCUGUUUGGGAUCAGAUGAAACUGAGGAUGUUGUUGGAGAUGAACCAAAGCAAUUUUCUAAUGUUUCUGGUGAUACACAUAAAGAAGAAGAUUCGCUAAGGAAUUCAGAUGAGCCUGAAGGGAAAGAAGAAAUAUCUGAUACAACUUCUGAAGUAAUCUGUGAUGAGUAUGAGCAGAAUUCAACACCACUGGUAAUGAAGGAAGACACGCAGGAACAUUUCAAGGAACAGGCCAAUACAAAUAACAAAAAAUGCGAUAGCAUGGAAUGCUAUUACCAGGCUAGUGAAGUAGAAUGUGCUGAGGAGAUGAUUGUAAGAGAAGAACAAGAAAUGGAACCAGAACAACCAAUGGAAAGCACUGGAGACACAAGUGACACUGAUGAUAACAUGAGUGCUGUUGAUUGCAAAUCAGAAGAGGAAGAAGACGACGAUGAAAAAGAAGAUAAAGAACUGUCUGAAUUAAUGGGUGUUUCUAACAGCCCUCGAAAUCCUGAAAAAGACGAAAAUGCCUUACGUAAAAUGGUGAUGGAAGUCAUUUUUGGUUCUGGUGGAACUUCAGACUCUCAUCCUGAUACAAAUCAAAAUUUAAUAUCUGCUACUGUAAAUGGCAGUGUGUUUGAUGAAGAUGGUAGUAGUAGUGACGGCAGAUAUUCAAGAGCUUCCAGUGCAUCAGAGUCUGAUGUUGUUAUUGUCAGUAACCAUGUAACUUCUCCAUCAUCAGAAAUUGUUAAAAAAGAUGUUGAAAUAGAACAUGGACAUAGCUUUGAAGGUGAAAGGAGAGAGAGACCUGUGAGGAAUAGAGUAAAAGUGGAAAAAGAAGAUUUUAUUUAUGACUUUACGGAUUCGUUUUUGAAGAAAGAAGAACCUUCAAAAGUCAGUAAUAAUAUUGGUGGUAACACCAGUGGUAAGAAGAAAUUAGGAGACUCAGGAAAGGAAAGUGUUAAAUAUGACCAUUCUCACAAUAGUACUUUAUUCAAAAGUGUACCUAAAAUGAUGAUCGUGAGGACAGAUGCUAGUGAAACAGCUGGUAGUAAAUGUGUAACUGGACCAAUAAAAGGAUCAUGGAGUAGUGUUUAUGCUCCAACAUCAGACUGUGCAGGCAAUAAAAAUUAUAUGGAAUCCAAUUCACAAAUGUGUAGUUCUUCAAGAAAAGUACCUCGAACUUAUGAUGUUAAACAAUAAUGGCUAUAAACAUUAUUUAUAAGUGUACAGUUUCAAAAGAAAUUACUAAAAAUGUUUCUAUUGUUUAUUUCUCCAUAUCAAUAUGAGCUUUAUUUUGUAUAUGAUGUGCUCUUAUAUUUAGCUAAUAAGUGAGAACUUACAUGGUUCCUUGAAGAGAAAUAAUCUUGGGCUUGAAUAAACAUCAGUGAUAACUUUUUCAAUAUUUUUAUCUGUGUUUAUGAAUAAAUACAGAAUACUAGUGCCAGUUAACUGUUUUUUAAACAAGUGCAUUGUGUAAUAUUCCAAAACUU